UCAUGGUUCUAGUUGAUAACAACGAUGACACGGCUGAACUUAAAAGUAUGAUAGAAAGCUACUUCAAAAAGUAUGGUGUUUCCUUUAGUUACAUACCCGUCAAAACCAAUGAAGCUGAGUACGACCGAGCAGAGAAAAAGACGUCAUCACAACACUUUGGAGAUUUUUCAAAACAACAUUCUCGCUCUGGUGGUUUCUGGCCAAGCAAGGAUGAUAUAUUUGUUGAACCAGAGGAUAAAAAAGUGGACGUAAGGAGAAUGAAGAUGAAAGAUGCACUUGAUAAAGUUGUACAUUUUAUAGACCGCAUGACGAAAAUAUACAGGCAAACAAAGAACGAGGCAGACAGAUAUAUCUAUAUCGUUACUGGUUACGGGAGUUUAUUUGGGAAUAAACAAAUAAAACGAGGCAUAGUUGUAUAUUUCAAAAUGUAUGAUUAUGGCAAAAGGUACAUUUGGAUCAAUUCUGGUCUAAUGAUGGUCGACUUAAAAGAAGAUAUUAACACAUACAAUAUAAAUUCAACCAUUAGAAAAAAACGUAGAUUUGUUUAUACACCCAACUGUGAACCUGAAGACAAAAAACUCGAUAUAAGAGGGAAGAAAAAAAAUGAAGCAAUGAAUGAAUUCCGUAUUUUUAUUGGUAACCUACUGGAGACUUACAAGACCACAGGCAACAAGGAGGACAGGUACGCCUAUGUUGUCACUGGAUACAAGGCCAGCAACCCUGAGAUAGGCCCCGUGCUGAAGCCUGCUGUACAAGAUUAUCUGGUGACAAAUGGCUAUGAGACAAGACACGAGUGGUUCAACAAUGGUGGACUUGUUAUGAUAGAUUUGGAGGAAGAUGAUGAUAAGGAUGAUGUUACUAGCGAGGGGGAGGAUGUGGAUGAUGUUACUAGUGAGGAUGAUAACGAUGAUGUUAGUAGUGAUAUAGAUUGUGUGAAUGAUGUUACUAGUGAGGAUGAUAACGAUGAUGUUAGUAGUGAUAUAGAAUGUGUGGAUGAUGUUACUACUGAGGAUGAUGUGGAUGAAAGUUACUAUAGUGAUAUAGAAUGUGUGGAUGAUGUUACUAGUGAGGAUGAUAACGAUGAUGUUAGUAGUGAUAUAGAUUGUGUGGAUGAUGUUACUACUGAGGAUGAUGUGGAUGAAGGCUACUAG